GCGUUCAGCUGGGCUUGGGUUGGUUCUUUGUUAAAAUUGUUUACCCUCCCAGGUCACUGCAUCGUGUCAUUUAAAACUACAGUUUAAAGUCCACCGCUAUACCACACACUGGUUGUCUCGCUUAAGUAAGGCCUGUAUGCCCUUGAUGUCGUGUGGUGUGGCACUGCCUGCAAAAAUAAAUUCUGGUAUUAAUUUUGUGUCAUUCCGACGCCACAUUACACGGGUUCAACAUUGGAUCACUACGACGUAUCCAGUUCAUCAGCAGCUGUUUGGACGAGUUACCGGUUCAACAUGGACAAUGAUGGAUAUGAAGAUCCGUCAGGAAUGGAAAAACCAAGCAAGCAGGGGCAACCACAUGGCUUCGAUGACGUAGACUUAAGUGUAUCAGCCAGCGUUAAGAAGGGAAAACACCAUUCGGAUCCCCCCAAAUACAACGACGAUGUGGAGGCUUCUAAGAAGACAGCAGGCGACAAAGAGAAACGAAAGGGCGUCCCCUCGUGUUGGUUCGUCGCCUUGGUGUUAUUACUCGGUGUUGGCAUCAUUGCGGCCUUACUGGUUGGGUUAUACCUAGGCCAUCCCGAUCCCGCCUUAGAUCCUUAUCAAUUUUUCGGAGGAGCCGUCUCGUCCGAUCACAAACUCUGCUCAGAAGUCGGCAGAGAUAUCAUGAUAAAUGGCGGCAAUGGGAUUGACGCUGCCAUAGCGACCGUGUUCUGCGUGGGCGUGGUCAACCUACAGGUUGGAGGUAUUGGUGGAGGGGGUUUCCUGACUUUUUACCUCAAGGCCAAUGAUACUGUUUUCACCAUCGACUCCCAGGUUGCUGCUCCCGCCUAUGCUGAGCCUAACAUGUUCGACAACACAGAAGCAGAAGCUUCUAAAGGUGGCAGGGCAAUCGCAAUACCCGGGGAAGUAGCCGGUCUCUAUAACGCAUCCAAACUGUAUGGGGGCGACAUAUCGUGGGCCGCUCUUCUGGAACCUUCCAUUCGUUUAGCAAAGGGAGGUUUUGCAAUAACCGAAUCGCUAGCCAAUGCAAUGAAAGCCAACAAAGACGAUAUUCUUGAAGAUGUGUAUAUGAGAAACAUCCUAGCCCCUGAGGGUGACCUGAAGUCACGUGGAGACACCAUUACUCUGCCUCAUCUGGCUGAUACUCUUAAGAGAAUCGCUAAGGAUGGAGCUGAAGGCUUCUAUGAGGGAAGUCUAGCCGAGGACAUCGUGGCAGACGUGGCAGAGGCAGGUGGAAACAUUACCUUAGAAGAUUUGAAGCAUUACAGUUCUCUGGUUAAGAAGCCUGUAUCUGUAGAACUUGGCGGUGGACAACUCUAUGCAGCUGGGGGCAUAAAGACCUACGCACCACCUCCGCCAUCUAGCGGAAUUGUUACAACUUAUAUUCUUAAUAUUUUAGAAGGCUACGACUUCUCCCUGUGGAGUGUGGAGCCUGAUAAGGUUGUAGAGACCUACCAUUAUAUGCUGGAGGCUUUCAAGUUUGCCUUCGCUAAUCGGUGCAGGUUGGGGGACCCUGCAUUUGAAGAAUCCGUAGGGGAGGCUGUCAAAGAGAUGUUGUCAUCAUCAACUAGUGAAAUACGUGCAGAGAUCAAAGACACCGCUCAAGAUUUUAGUCACUAUGGCAGUGUGUACGCCACUCAGACCGAUACCCCUGGAGGCGCCACUCAUGUGUCUGUAGUAGACAGGGAUGGAAAUGCUGUUUCCUACACAACCUCAAUCAGCCUCGAUUUUGGCGCCAAAAGGCGGGGCAACCGCACUGGUAUCCAAUUCAACGCAGGGAUGGGUGAUUUUACGUUACCGAGCAGUCCAGAAGUAGACAACCUUAAACCAUCGCCAAAAAACUAUAUCAUGGCAGGGAAGCGCCCUCUCUCGUCCAUGUCUCCGAUGAUUUUUGUAGAGGCAUCGGGCGAGGUGAAGGCCGUGGUUGGUGCAUCAGGAGGAUCCGAAAUGAUUACAUCAACUGCCAUGAUGGCGAUACAAUCUAUAUGGUUUGAGGAGAAUGUCAUUGCAGCGAUGAAGCGGUCCCGAAUUCACACGGAGUUGACCACAGACAAUGGAAAAGUGAUGUUUAAAUAUGAGCAAGAUCUGCCAGAGAAUAUAAAGACUGGCUUAACAUCAAAGGGACACAUAGGUGACGCCUCUGCUCCUCCUCUGACGUCAUCUGUUAACAUGAUUAUGCAGACGAAGAAAAAUAGGUUUUACACCAACUCAGAUACAAGGGUAACAGGUUCAGGAUACGCAGUACUCUAAGAAAAAAAACUUCGUGGUUUAAUACAUUGUAUAACUUUCAACAUUGAUUUAUAUAAUGUUCUUUUGGAAGUGUACAUUUCUCAGAAGUGAGGACCCAGCCCCCUUUCCUCUAAUAACUGUAGGAAAGAGCCUUCUCUGGUUUUGACAACCGCGGGGCCAAGCUAGCCAGGGCCGAAGCUGUGGAUUCAAAAAGAAGGUCGUCUGUAUUUGCAAACGGAAUCAGGGCAAACAUAUUGAGCCGCUUAAAUUUAAGAAUUUUGUGCGUUCUUUUAUAUAUGCCGAUCACUUGAUUUUUGAAAAUGUAAAUCUUUCCAUGUCUAACUUUUCUGUAAAAAAAUCUGAUUAAAUGAAGGGUUCCCAAAGAACAUUGUCUAAAUAAUAUUAUAGUGUCACAUAGUAAAUGGUAAACCUUUCUAAAUGGUUCCAUUUCUCUUUCAGACAGGUUUAAUUUUAAAGGCAGUGGACACUAUUGGUAAUUACUCAAAAUAAUUAUCAGCACAAAACCUUUAUUGGUGGCGU